AUGGAUAUCAGGAUGUUUUCUGGUCUGGCUGCUCUGAAUUACAGCUUCAACCUGAGCGAUGACCGGGAGCUGGUGGACGCGCCAGCGGGCAGAGGGAAGCUCUCCCCGACGGGCUUCGUGGUUCUGUCCGUGGUGCUGGGCUUUAUUAUGAUUUUUGGCUUCCUGAAUAACUUCAUCGUGCUGCUUUUGUUUUGCAAAUUCAAGAAGCUGCGGACGCCGGUGAACAUGCUGCUGCUGAACAUCAGUGUGAGUGACAUGUUGGUGUGUGUGUUCGGAACCACCCUCAGUUUCGCCUCCAGUAUCCGGGGGAGGUGGCUGCUGGGGCGCAGCGGCUGCAGCUGGUACGGCUUCAUCAACUCCUGCUUCGGUAUUGUGUCACUGAUCUCUCUGGUGAUCCUCUCCUACGACCGCUACAGCACUCUGACUGUAUACAACAAGCGUGGACCAGACUACCGCAAGCCCCUGCUGGCUGUCGGGGGCUCUUGGCUGUACUCCCUAUUCUGGACAGUGCCCCCUCUGCUGGGCUGGAGCAGCUAUGGCAUAGAGGGGGCAGGAACCAGCUGCUCCGUGUCCUGGACGCUUCAGACGGCCCAGUCGCAUGCCUACAUCAUCUGCCUCUUCACUUUCUGCCUGGGUCUGCCCAUCCUGGUGAUGAUCUACUGCUAUAGCCGGCUGUUAUGGGCAGUCAAACAGGUGGGUAAAAUCCGAAAGACUGCAGCCCGGAAGAGAGAGUACCACAUACUGUUUAUGGUUCUGACCACGGCGGGCUGCUACAUGUUGUGCUGGAUGCCUUACGGCGUCGUGGCCAUGAUGGCAACGUUCGGCCCACCUAACAUCAUAAGCCCUGUGGCCAGCGUGGUGCCGUCACUGCUGGCCAAAAGCAGCACUGUCAUCAACCCUCUCAUCUAUAUUCUCAUGAAUAAACAGUUCUACAGGUGUUUCCUGAUUCUGUUUCACUGCGAUCACUGGUCAGCGGAGAACGGCAAUACCUCAAUGCCCUCCAAGACCACAGUAAUCCAGCUGAACCGCAGAGUCUACAGCAACACGGUGGCCUGCACCGCCCAGAUCUCCCCCGCCAACCAGUGUGGCAGCACCUCGGCCACCAAACACACAACACCCCCUGAGGUCACAACCUGAGCCUCAGCGUGACGAGACAGGAAACUAAGUCAUGAUAAAGGAGCGAUGACUCAGCUUGACAGUUACAAUGUGAACUGCCG